AUGACGACCUCACAUUCAACAACAUCGUCUCGAAUUCCUCACCAGCGUUUUUCUGACGUCGAAAAUGAACCAAGAAAAUACUUGCUUCCUAUUAGUGGCUACCAGACAACUCCAUUGGUAUCGUUAGAAGAAGCCAUUACACCAGUGAAGCACCUUCUCGACGAAGAUAUUGACGCCAAGGUUUAUAUAUCGAAACAAAACUGUAAAGAGCCAAAGGACGGUCUGACGCAGAAUGAGAGUGCAGCUCUCCAGUUGUACACAAUGGAGAGUGACAAUAGCAAUGCAAGUCUAUAUUUGGUUCUCAAUCAAACGCUUCGCGCUGAAAGUCGAAGAGCGCUCACAAUUUGGUUCCCAUUUUUGAAAUUACUUCUCACGGGCUUAUGGAAAUUGCCGAAUCAGAAGAUGUGUAUUUAUCGGGGAGUCAAUGCUGAUCUUAGCGAGAAAUUAAACAUAGGUGACACCGUUGUCUGGUGGGGAUUUAGCAGUUGCACGAAAUCAUUGGAUGUUUUGCAAAGCGAACAGUUUUUGACAAAAAGCGGAACGCGAACAGUUUUUGACAAAAAGCGGAACGCGAACACUCUUUAA